AACUCUUGGACGUGCCACAGGUCUUCCUACGGUUGUUCUUAUAAAUUCAACAUCUCAUUAAUAGCAGACCAUAAAAGUUCUUCUAAAAUGGCGGCCAAAAAGGAGAAGCCGAUGCAUUCUUUAGUUGCGGGAGCAACAGCUGGUGCAGUCGAAGCAUUCAUAACGUACCCUGCCGAAUUCGUCAAGACACGAUCUCAAUUUGGCGGAAAGAAAGAGAAACCAAUUCAGAUUAUCCGUGAUACCAUACGAACACGAGGAAUAACCGGGUUGUAUUCUGGAUGUACUGCUCUUAUCGUCGGAAAUGCUACGAAGGCGGGAGUACGAUUCCUGAGUUACGAUCAUUUCAAGUAUAUACUGUCGGACUCACAGGGAAAGGUCAGCGCGCCUCGAAGUCUACUAGCUGGCCUCGGGGCAGGGUUGAUGGAGGCCAUAUUCGCUGUAACACCUUCAGAAACAAUAAAGACCAAACUCAUCGACGAUGCUAAGCGACCCGUACCUCAAUAUCGCGGCCUAGUGCACGGCACCGUCAGUAUUGUCAGACAGGAGGGCAUAUUCGGGAUUUACCGAGGACUCUUUCCUGUCAUGAUGCGCCAAGGCGCGAACUCAGCAGUACGAUUUACAACAUACACGACACUCAAGCAAUUCGUACAAGGGAAUGCGCGUCCAGGCCAACCAAUACCAGCGAGUAUUACAUUUGGAAUUGGCGCCAUGGCGGGGCUAGUCACCGUCUAUACUACCAUGCCUCUAGAUGUCAUAAAAACACGAAUGCAAUCCCUAGAAGCACGACAACAAUAUCGCAACUCCUUCCACUGCGCAUAUAGGAUCUUUACUGAAGAAGGCCUGUUACGAUUUUGGACUGGUACAACUCCACGACUGGCACGGCUUGUGAUGAGCGGAGGGAUUGUAUUCACCGUGUAUGAGAAGGUGAUUGCAGCUAUCGGGGGCCGAGAGAAAGUGAAGGAAUCAUAGAGAAAAUCAGUAUUGUAUGCUUUGUGCAAGUUAGAGGUCCCUGCUGACGUGAACGUUUA